CGCCCCGGCGGUGACAAGAGCGCCUGCCCGGGCGCUUUCCAACCCCGCGAUGUCUACGGCUGCGGCAAGUUUGCCUCUCAGUGUGUGUGCGCGCGAGUGUGUGUUCUCCUCGCCCCGCUUGAGUUAGUCCCGGCGCAGCGCAGGCAGCAG